UCCAGUUCACCUUUAACGCCUUUCAACAUCCACACACUGUAACAGUGAAGCUUUCGUGAAUACAUCACGUAUUUAAAAUGUAGCUCACGUUCUUUACAAUGAUGUAAUACGUUUAACGUAAAAAACCGUAACGGUUUAACGUCGACGAGCUUGAAAACGACAUUUAUUUGGGAAAAUAUUGAAAAUUAGAUGGUCUCCUGGACUUGAUGGUAGGACAUUGUAAAAAUGAUAAGAAGUUUAAAUUUUUGCAUCCUGUGUACUUGUGUUCUUUUAAUGAACUAUGUAUCAUCGCAGAAGACAUACCGGGCCGCUGUGUAUGAACAUAAGGUGAUAUUUCCAUGGCCCUGGGCAUCGAACCGACCAAUGGCACUAGCCCAGAUGAUGGUCAACAUGAAGACUUUCCACGCAAAGGCGCAUAUGGCCGGCAAACAAGGUGUAGACAUCAUGGUGUUCGGAGAAGACAGUUUGUACGGGUAUCAUAUGAGAUAUCGUCACGUGAUCAAGCACUAUCUAGAGCCAAUACCUGACCCAACCGUUAUCAUGUGGAACCCGUGCAAUGAGCCGAUGCGUUUCCCGCAAGACGAAAUCCAAGUUGAGCUUAGCUGUAUGGCAAAAAGGAACAAAAUGUACAUAGUCGCUAACAUGGGCGACAUACAACUUUGUGAGCCGGGUGAUCCGCGAUGCCCUAAAGAGGGUUGGUACCAGUACAAUACCAAUGUCGCUUACGACAAAGAAGGAAACUUCAUAGCAAGAUACCACAAACAGAAUCGCUACCUUGAACCUCAGUUCAACUCCCCUGCCCACCCUCAACACGUGUAUUUUGACACAAAGUUUGGCAGGUUCGGCCUAGUUAUAUGUAAUGACAUUAUAUUUUAUGACCCUAUUGUCGAGUUAAUAAGAGAGUACAAUGUUACAGAUAUAAUUUUCCCGACCGCCUGGCCCGAAGCAUUACCUCUCUAUUCCUCCAUAGGUUUUGUGUCGUCAUUUGCCGUCGGACACAACGUUAACGUCCUACACGCUAAUAUACGGGAUCCACAUAACCGUGACGUGUUUGUAUACGGGAGCGGCCUCUAUACCCCAGUGGGUCCUGUUAAAUACGUGUACGAUCCUAUUUCACCUACUGGUAUUCUUAUAAUAGGAGAUGUUCCAAUAAAUGUGAAAUUGCCCGAGAAAAUCCCGUGCGACGUGAAUCCACUGAUGUUCGGACAUCCUAAUAUGAAAGCUGUGGCAUUGCCCGAAUUUAAAGCCGAAAUAUUCAAAGACUGGUACAACUUUGUACGCGUAAAGGGCACAGAGGGGACUGUCACCGUAUGCCAGGACGGAUUUUGUUGCUAUCUGAACUAUAAAAAGGCUCAAAGUUACGAAACGUACGCGUUCGGUGUGUUCAGUGGGAUACAGACAGCAUAUAAACCGAUGUUUAAACAAGUCUGCAUCUUGUUAAAAUGCAAAACCAAAAACCCGUUGAGUUGCGGACAGUACGUGUUAAACGCUCACACGCAUUUCUCCCAUUUUCAUAUCAAAGGAAGCUUUUCGUCACCCUUUAUCCAGCCGCAGAUUGUGCUAUCGGGACCAGGGUACCAGCUCGACCUGCCACCUAUCGGAGGAUUUAAAUAUGACGCCACUGGACUGACAGGGUCGGCUACCAAAAAGCCACUGAUACACGCUGCGUUGAUUGGUCGUGUGUAUAGAAAAGAUUGCAUGACAUGUGGAGUUUACUAAGGGAUAAAAUUCGCGGACAUUAAACCAUGGUGCUGGGUGUUGCCUUCUUUGAGUUCUAAUGUUUGGUUCUUUACAAAUUCAUCAUAUAAUUGAAAUUGAAACAAGAUCGGUUUUAAAAAUUUCAUUGAUGCUUCUUAGUGAACAAAUCACAAAUCCUUUUUGGGUUGAAAAUCAGAAUUAAUUUCAAAACCUAUAUCUGUUGUUUCAACAUUUUUAAAGCAAAGAAAACGUAGAUCAUUUUAUUUAAUUUGGUACAUGUAUCUGAAAAAUAACUUAUACUGUUAGUUGAAAAAAAUAGUUUUCGUAGCGACUUUUUAAAAUCCAAUAACAACAUUUAAAAUCAAAUAAAAA